CAGCUGGGCGCUGCACAAGGAGUGACCAAUCUGUUUCCCUCAAAGCUUCCAGCAUGCGGCUGCAUGGAGAAACAGAAAGGGGGGUGUGUGCGCUGGGUUGUUGGCAGAGGUUCAGGCGUCUCUAGUGGACACCUAAAGUGGGACUUGAGUGUGUGUGUGUGUGUGCAUGUGUGUGUGCAAGCCAGCAACUCACAUAGUCUCUAACAUUCACACAAGAUGGCGAUGGAGUGGAGGGAGACUCAGCUGCCCUCUUAAAUGUUCUUCUGGACAUUCAAGGAGCCCUGCUUUUUUUUCCCUCCUGGAGAUUUUAAGGGUUUACAUGGCGCUAGAGGACUUGCUUUGUCUCUGUGUUUUCUCCUUGACCUUCUGUGUCCUGGCGGUGGAAGCAGGGAAGCUGUUGCAGGAGUCGUCUCUGGAGCUGAGCUGCAGCGCUGCCUCCGCGAAGGUGACCCUAGAGCCGAGCCAAGCCGUGGUGUUGGACUGUAACCUGGCUCCCGCCGAGCAGCUCAUCAAUAUCACAUGGAGGAAGAACGGGCUUCCAUUAGUGGAGCAGGAGCACCUUCACAUGCUUCCCAAUGGCUCGCUCCUCGUCUCGUCCCUGGCUGCUGCUAAGGAGAGCAAAUACCCCGAGAGGCCGGGCACGGAUGGUAAUUACUCCUGCGUCUCCCAGAGCUCCUUAGGUGCCGUGGCCAGUCAAACGGCCGCAGUUCGAUUUUCAAGUUUAUCGCGUUUUUUUCAACAGCCAGAAUCCCAGACAGUGGAAGAAAAUGGUAUGGCUCGAUUUGAGUGUCGGAUCGAAGGAUUGCCCACCCCUGUCAUCACCUGGGAGAAGGAUCACACAGCUGUUCCUGCAGAGCCCAGGUUUAUAACUCUCCCCAAUGGUGUCCUCCAAAUUGUAGAUGUGCGGGAAAGCGACGCCGGGGCCUACCACUGUGUAGCCACCAAUGCAGCACGAAAACGCUACAGUAACGACGCUAUUCUUAGCGUCCUAAGAGGUUCCCAACCAGCAGUGACGCGGGAUGUCGCUAUAUUUGCUGCUCCAGAAAACACCACUGUGGUAGUCGGAGAGAGUGCGGUGAUGGAGUGCAUGGCCUCUGCAGAUCCUACCCCAUUUGUCUCUUGGAUACGACAGGACGGGAAGCCUAUUUCCACGGAAGUGAUUGUGUUAGGUCGGACAAACCUCCUCAUUCCUCAAGCACAGCCCCAUCACUCCGGCGUGUACGUCUGUCGGGCGAACAAACCCCAGACCAGGCAGUUUGUUACGGCGGCGGCAGAGCUGAGUGUCCUCGCGCCUCCCAGCAUCACCCAGUCCCCCGAAACCAUUUCCCGCACCCGCGCCAGCACGGCCCGGUUUGUCUGCAAAGCAGAAGGGGAGCCAGCCCCCGUCAUCCAUUGGCUGAAAAACGGCGAACCCCUCCUCUCCAACGGCCGUGUGAAAAUUCAGAGCAGCGGCAGCUUGGUGAUCAACCAGAUCGGGCUGGAGGAUGCCGGCUAUUACCAGUGCGUGGCAGAGAACAGGCUAGGCAUGGCGUGCGCCACAGCCAAGCUCUCGGUCAUCGUGCGAGAGGGCUUACCCAGUGCUCCCAAAAAGGUGUCGGCUGUCUCCCUCUCCAGCACCACCGUCUUAGUGUCCUGGGAGCGCCCCGAGUACAACAGUGAACAGAUCAUUGGCUUUUCCCUGCAUUAUCAGAAGGCCCUGGGAACCGACAAUGUGGAAUACCAGUUUGCUGUCAAUAAUGAUACCACUGAGCUUCAAGUAAAAGACCUGGAACCCGACACCAAUUACGUUUUCUACAUGGUUGCAUACUCCCAGCUAGGAGCCAGUCGGACGUCCUCUUCCGUUAUCGUGCGGACACUGGAGGAUGUUCCCAGCGCUGCUCCUCAGCUGUCUCUGUCGAGCACCACCCCUGCCGAUAUCAGAGUGACGUGGCUGCCGCUUCCACCGGAACUGAGCAACGGGAAGAUCACGAAAUACAAAAUUGACUACUGUACCGUGAAGGAAGAUCAGAUCUCCUCCACCGAGGUGGGCGCGAACGAGACGCAAAUCACCCUGGAGUCGCUGCAUCCCAAUAAAGUCUAUAAAGUGCGCAUUGCGGCCAGCACCAGUGCGGGCUACGGAGCCCCGUCGGAGUGGACGCAGCAUCGUACUCCGGACAGGGACAACCAAACCCACGUUCCAUUUGCCCCGACGGAAUUAAAAGUCCGAGCGAAAAUGGAAUCCCUCUUGCUCACGUGGCAGCCCCCAGCCAACCAUGGCCAGAUUUCAGGCUACAAGCUGUACUAUCGGGAAGUGGGCACAGAGGAGGCAAGCGACGAGAGCCCGUCCGAUGGCACAGAAGAGCAGAGCUGGGACGUGGGGCCCAUAAAGCUCAAGAAGAAAGUGAAGCAGUAUGAGUUAACUCGCCUAGCCCCCGGGAGACUUUAUGAGGUGAAGCUGGUGGCGUUCAAUAAGCACGAAGACGGCUAUGCGGCUGUAUGGAAGGGCAAAACAGAAAAGGCACCCGUGACGGCCGUAGACCCGCCAGUUCAGAAGGGCCCCCCACUGCCCCCAGCCCAUGUCUAUGCAGAGUCCAACAGUUCAACCUCAAUUUGGCUCAGAUGGAAGAAACCAGACUUCACAACUGUCAAGAUUGUCAAUUACACCGUGCGUUUCAGCCCUUGGGGGCUGAAAAAUGCCUCUCUCGUCACUUAUUACACAAGUUCUGAUGAAGGGAUUCUCAUCAGCGGCUUGAAACCCUACACCAAGUAUGAGUUUGCAGUCCAGUCGAACGGAGUUGGGAUUGACGGGCCGUUCAGCAGCGUGGUGGAGAGUUUCACCCUGCCUGACCGGCCGUCGACACCCCCCUCUGACCUCAGGCUGCAUCCAAUCAACCCGUACGCCGUACAGGUGCACUGGUGUCCCCCGGUCGAGCCCAACGGCAUCAUCGUGGAGUACGUCAUCCUGUACAAUGCGAAUGACACGCAGCCUGACGACAUGUGGACGCUGCUGAGGAAAGAAGGAAAUAUUUUCAGCACGGAGGUACAUGGCUUGGAGAGCGACACCAGGUAUUACUUUAAGAUGGGAGCGAAGACAGUGGCAGGAUCUGGGCCAUACUCGAACGUAAAGGACGUGCACACCCUCCGCGAGAAGCUGUCAGAUGUUCUGGACAUCCACUCGGUCACCGGGAUCAUCGUGGGAGUCUGCUUAGGUCUCCUCUGCAUACUCUUCUGUAUGUGUGCCAGCUUCCGCAGCAGCAAGCAAAGGGAGGCUCUGCCAGGCCUAGAUUCUCAAGCAGCCGGGAACCACCCCUCCUAUCACCGGGGCAGGCAGGGACCGCCCGGGCCCAGCGCCAAGUCCGAUUCUCAUGAGCUGGAAUCGCUCAUGUCCCCGCUGUCUGAAGAGGCGCCCUUGCCCCUGCUGGACAUCACGGAGCUGACGGAAGUGCACAGCCUCAUCCAUGCUGGCCUCCCCGAUGAUGGCGUUCGCGGGAUAAGAAAGUCUACAUGGAAUAAAUCAAUUAACCAGAACUGGACAAGUAGCAUAGCCAGAUCUGGAGAUGCCAUUACAAAAGGCCCUACCACUGCUGUGAAUGGAACGCUGAUGCCGCCUUCUAAUGCCGGACAAAAGCUUUUGCUACAAGCCCUGGUUUACGAUGCUGUUACGAACGAAGUGGUGAAAACUCAACCGCCCAUCGGCCUCCAUCAAGUGGAGGCCGAAGUCAUCGUCCAUUCCGAUUUUUCCGCCGCUGACAGAGACUGUGGCUCUCGGCUUCACCCGCUGGACAUUGAAGAAACGGAGCCCGAGGAGCACAGCCCAGACAACUUCCCCUCCGACGAGCCACUCCUGGACGCCUCCCCGAUCGCCAGGUCGAAUGUCAGCAAAGCGAUAGUGGACAGCCCCGGCCAACCUGAGCGGCACGCCCAGGAGAGCCCGUUAAGUACUGACAGAAAAACGAACAAAGUGGAAGCCGUCGGCACUUGUGGGCUCACCAAUGGCUUCCCCAGGCAUGGAGAAAAUGGGAACUCUGUGGAAAGUGGAGAUUCGGGCUGUCUGCAAGCCGGCCGAGGGAACAUCCAGCCAGCCAAGUGCCAAGCUUUUCCCACAGGCCCACAGGACGCACCUCUGUGUAGUAUCUCAGCGCUAAUCAAUUCAUCCUCAGCAUCUGAGAACGUGACGCGUGUCCAUAACCAUUAAAGAGGAAAUUAAUCUGAUUUUGAUCACGGGAGAGCUGGAAGAGGGAGGCGCGAGCGACGAUGGGGGCCAGAUCCGGGGGAGAGCUGUGAACAACUCACCUCACAGUCAGUUCGGUGUGGCUGAGGGUGUUCAGCACCUAACGGGACAGGUUCCUGGACAGGCGAACAGCCCGAAAUCCACCCUAAAUAAAUCAACGUGUAGAUUGGCAUGAGCCCAGAACUCAAACAGACCCUCCCGCCCUCAGCUGUGCAGGGGUUUCCAUUUGUUCCAUGCGGAGGCCUGCCAGGACCUUGUUACAGGUGGCAAGAGGGAGAGGACAUUAAGCUUCUCUUCUCCCGUGUUGCUGUUCAUCAGGGCAGAGGGCUGCUGCCUCACCUUGCCCUCUGCAGCUUUGUGAUGCAUUUUGUGGAGCAAGCAACCCAAGCGGUUGAACCAGCCCCCUGCCGAAAGGCAGCUAGCUAUAGCCAGUGGCCUUCUCCGCUCGCCCAUGGUUAAAAUGAUUUUAAUGAUCCCUUUGUACACUACCACAGUAGAUACUACUAGCAGGCUGACGUAGUGGCCUUUUAUUACACACUCUGCGAGUGCUUCUAACAACUUGUACGAUAUAGAACCUUUUCCAGCGUCUCGGUCACUUCACCGAGCUGGACUUUGUGUUACGUAGGUUCUUGUACCUAUCAUUUUAGGUACAGCCUCUCUCCUUUUAAUGUACGACAAUGUAUUUUAUUUCCUCGGAGCAUCUUUAUAUUAUUUAAUUUUAUAAAGUGGAGUAGCGUGUGGUAUAGAGUAGCAUUUUUACUACUUCUCUCUUUAUUUUUUCCUCCUUAACAACGCAACUACCUCAUGUCUGUUGGAGAGAAAAAAAAAAAGCCGUAGAUUUACUCUUUUGUUAUAGUCCAUUUUAGUUUUUAACUUAUUCUUAUACUGCCUUUUUCUAAAGAAUAUGUUUGCACUGGUUGUGGACUAUUUUUUAAUGAAUAGCGCUGCAGGUCUGACGUCUCGCUUGCUUUGUUUCUUCUUAAUAUGUUGCUGCAGGCCCACCUGCCCUAGGACUGGCGUGUCGGAUGUGUGUGGCCGUAGAAGCCUGUGCUUUGCAAAAAGGCCAUGUCAGAGGGGGAGAUGUUCAGCAGCAUGUUGUUAAGGGGCUCGUAUCGGUAAAGAGAAUGGUGCCGUGAUGUUUGGAGGUGUUACUUUGUUUGGGCUCAGUGUGCGACACUUUAAAGCAGCCGGAUUGCCUGAGGGUGGGUACCCAGGGGUUUCAGAAAAUCGGGUCCCUUUCCAGUGGCUCAAAUUAAGCAGCCAAAAUCACAAGUCAUUUGGCAAUAUUGGCCCAAGUGCAUUGUUAGGCUGGGUCCAGCAUGCGGGCAGGGGUUGGAGGAGACUGACUUACUCAGAGACAACCGAGAGAGGGGGGGUAGAGCGAGAGCAGGUGGCUUCAGCAGUGCUAUUGAGCAUGCUCCGUCCAUGUGAGCUGCAAAUCAGGGGGCGAGGGGACUUGGCUCCCCCAGCAAGUCACCUCUGCUUACACCAGCUGGCAUGAAGUGUGAAAACAGAGUGUGGCCAUGGAAGGGGCGAGCCUCCCCCACUACGGACCCAUCUAAGACCGAUGCCACAUAGUCACGCAGCUGGCCUGUUCUGCUGCUCGUGCCCUGCACUGCGCUGUUUUUAGCACACAGGGUCCAUCAGCAGGGGCGGCCCGUGUGUAUAGGCUGACUCGGCCGUCACCUAGGGCGCCGCGUUAAACGGGGCGCCCAGUGAUGCCAUCACGCCAUUGAGGGCUGUGGAGGUGGGGGCGCCGAUCGCGCAUUCCGCCUGGGGCACCAGCUGCCGGCAGCCCGCCUCGGGCUGCCCCUGUCCAUGAGCACGAGCAUGAGUCUGCCCUGUCGCACUGGGAUUCGCACCUGCUGCUCGGAGCGUGAAUUUACCCUGCAAAGGGCAGUGCCGAGAUUUGAAAAAAAAAAAAAAAAA